GCUCGUUGCUGGAACAAGCUUGAAAUGACAGAAAAGCUUUAUCAAGAUACAGAUCAUCAAGAGCGGGAAAAUGAGUCGGUAGCUCUUCGUGAAAGAGCAGGUCAGACUCACAAAUGCUCUCGUCUCCUUGAAAUGAAGACUGUGUUUUCGUCACUUCUGUUGAUGUAAAACACUAUACAUAAAAAUAAACCAAGAACUUCUCAAUACAUCAUUUGCAGCAAUGUCAACUGGAGAUCAGUUUUGCACCUUUCAGGAAUACAAGGCUUCUCCAGACUACGAAGAAGUUAGAUUUCUAUCAAACAGGGGUGGCCUAAAUGAUCUACCUCUUGACAUUGUUUCUCCUCCAAAGUCACAACAAAAUGAAGAAAAAUCAUAUGCUUUUUUCCCCUCUGCAUCUCUCGAGAUUCUGAGGAACAACUACACUAGCAAGAUGAGCAAACCAGGUGGCAAAAGUCUUCAUUGCUUGGGGGCACAAAACGUGCCUUCUCCCUCACCAUUGUCAACCAAUGACAUAAUCGAGCUGGCUGCAAUAAACUUCAUCAAGUCCAACACAAAUGCCAGAGGUGAGCUCUCUGCCCUCAGCCACCCCUAUGCCAGUGCCUUCACAGGCAUCACCUCAGACCACGUUGCAGACCUCCAACUGCUGCAGGAUCUUCUGUCCUCUGCUGAGAAAGUGAGCAAUCAGCAAUAUGUUGCAGCAGGGAAGCUUCUUUCACUCUGCCAUAACUUUAGUUUUAGCCAAUCAAAUGUGAUAAGGCGACUUGUUUACUAUUUCUCCGAGGCUCUCCUUGACAAGAUUGCUCGAGAAACAGGACGAUUCAACGAAGAAACCAAGACCAGGGAAAUGAAUCCUGUGGCCUCAGUGUCAGGAUUAGCAGCGUUUCACCAGAAAGUGCCUCCAAUUCAAGUAACUCAAUUUGCUGGGGUUCAAGAGCUCAUUGGUCAUGUCUCCUCUUCCAAAAAAGUCCACAUCAUUGAUCUUGACAUGCGUUGUGGGCUCCACCACGUGAUCCUGAUGCAAGCUCUAGCAUCUAAAAAUGAAUCCCCUUUGAAGCAUUACAAGAUAACCACUGUGGUGCUGAGCUCUGGCCUCAUGCUCGCGGAGGCUGCAGGCGUUAAUCUCAGAACUCUGGCUAACUCCUUGAACUUGAGCUUCUCCUUCCACUUAAUCAAGCUUGACGACAUGUUAAAACUCCAAAAAAGGCGUGAUUCUGACGAGAAAACAGUGGUUUAUGCAUCAAACGCGUUGAAGUUCAUGAUUGUGAGGCCAAACCAGCUGGAAUCUCUCAUGAGAUUCAUCAAGAACACAAAUCCAUGUGUAAUGAUAGUGUGUGAACCUGAGGGGAAUGUGAACUCACCUGUGUUUGUGAACCGGUUUGUUGAGGCCCUUUUCUACUAUGGCGCCUACUUUGAUUGUGUGGAGGAUUGUUUGAAGAAUGUUGCUGUGGAGAGAGAGUUUGUGGAGUCAAAUCUGUUUGGCCCCUCGUUGAGAACAACCGUGGGAGCUGAGGGGGAGGAGAGGAGAUCUAGGAUUGUGGGGAUUGAUGUUUGGAGGGCCUUUUUUACAAAGUUUGGGAUGAUGGAGAAGGAGUUGAGCUCAUCGGCACUUGAUCAUGCGAGAUUGAGCCUUAAAAUGUUCGAUUGUGGCGAUUCUUGCACACUUGAGUUGAAUGGGAAGAGCCUUAUUGUUCAGUGGAAAGGGACUGCUAUAUGUUCUCUGUCUGCGUGGAGAUUUCACAAGUAUAGAAUUUAGUUUGGUUUAUUUCUGUGGUUUGAUUUGAAUCUGUAUAGGGUUGUUCUUGGUGCAUAAAUGGGAGGUGUUAUAUGUGUUAUUAUGAAAUCUACUACUGCAAGUUUGCAAAAUAUUUGAUCAUAGAGUCAUAGAGAUUGACUGUGAAUAACUAUAUCAAAGAUGUAUUUGAAUAUAUUAUGUUGGUCUAAGUCUCUUGUUAAGUUA